AUGCUGGCGUCCAGGACAAUCCUGUCAAAACAGACGAUGGCGGUCCUCUCCCGCCAGCCUGUCUGCUCUGUUCACCAGGGGGACUACGGCAACUGGGGGAACACCAACAUCGCACUGGUGAGACAAACAUGUCCAUUAGUGAGGAGAAGGAGACGCAGUCAGGAGUCGGUCUGAAUUUGUGUUUGUGCUGCAGGUUUUCUCAGGAUGUGGUUGGUGGGAUGGGACCGACGUCCACGAGGGAGUUUAGUGAGUAUCAGAAAUUUCACACUUUGAUUUCUGCAUCAGCAAACAGAGAGAGAGUAACUCAGGUGUCUGUGUCUGCAGCACCAUGUACCACCUGAGCCGUAACGGCGCUCGCUUCCAGAUGUUUGCUCCAAACCAGCAGCAGAUGCAUGUGAUGGACCACGUGAAGAAGCAGCCCAGCUCCGGAGAGAACCGGUAAGACUUUCAGAGGGGUCAGGGGGUCCGUGUGUGUUCUCAUACACCAGACUUCACUCAUUCCAUGCGCAGUAUUUAUGAUUAUUUGUGGCCCUCUCACAGGAACAUGAUGAUGGAGGCGGCUCGCUUCAGUCACGGUCAGGGGAUGAUGCAGAUGCAGGACCUGUCCAAGCUGGACGUCAACAGCUUCGACGCCGUCAUCUUCCCUGGAGGCCACGGCAUCAUCAAGAACCUGUGAGGAGAAGUUCAUUCUGUGUGAGGUGAAGUCGAGUGAAAUGACCCGAAAGUUUGACUGACGCUGAACUCUGAACUCCUCAGGUCCUCCUUCAUGAAGGAUGGAAAAGACUGCAAGCUGCACAGCGACGUGGAGAGAGUCCUCAAAGAGUUCCACCGCUCACGCAAGCCGAUCGGGUCAGUAUCUGCAGGAUCAUAAUCGAUCAUCAAUCACAACGAUCAAUGAGUCACAGUUUUAGGCUGAACCAUAACUGAACGUUCAGGUUUGAAGUUUGAAUAUGGAGCAAAGUUGCAGACAGCAAUUAAUUCUUGUCACUUUAAAUCAGAUUAAAUUAGACGACAUUAUCCCGGAUAAACAAAAGCGAUUUAAAAGAUCCCUGUAAUGAAAUUGGGACACUGGAGCAGCUGUAGAAAGGGAAACAGAGGAGCUGACAUGUAAGUAAAUACGGAGAAAUAACAUCAUCAACACCUUUACAUUAUAAAGAUACACAGACGUAGAUAUUACUGUUAUAGAUGCACAAUGAGGCAUUUUCAGAUAACGCCUGCUUCUCUAAUGAUGACGUAUAUUUCAUGGCUUCAUGUGCGAGGCGGAUCACAGCAGGUGGAGCAGGUGUAGUAAACAGUUUUACAGGAAAAUCGUACAUCAGCUAACGUGAAGGUCGGCUCAGGCAAAUCCCAUCGAUGAGAGCAGGCAGGACAGGACAGAGAACCGGCUAACAUAUACUAUGUGAUCCGGUGAGGAGUGGCUGAUCCUUUGGCUACUAUAGCUGAGGUGAAUGUGAGGCGGCUCAGAGAUGACAGGAGAUGCAGGAUUACAGGAAUUACAGAUUGGAGCUGAAUAAGAGGGGGAUGACGCAGCUGUCGCCAUGACAAAAUGACAAAGUUCAAUGUUAUGUUGACUUUGGACGUCAAUCAUUAAUUUACUUGUAUAAAACAGGAGUAAUCUCUUCCUAUUAGUGAUUAAGUGAAUAAAUGGUUUUAUCAAGGUAACAACAAAGAGGCCGUUAAUUUACAGGAGGGUGUCAAUGUGCAGCAGAGUUAGAGUUUCCACAUUUCCACUUUAGCUGCAAAACUUUAAACAACAACAGGUCCAAAAACACGAGAGCAGAGCCAAAACCUCCUGGAGCUCCUGGUGUCUCCUCAGAUUUCCUCAGUGUUUGAGUCAGAAGUACAGAAGACAAAGUUUGAAUCAGACUGAUGUUCCUUUAACUCAAAACCCUGAAGAGAAGAGGUUUGCAUGUGCAGAAUAAACAUGUGUACUGAGACUAUGAAGUCCUCUUUGUGGUCCAUAUUUUCAUGUCUGCUGCAGAGUCGUCGGCUGGUUUCUCUUUGUAACGUCUCGCUCUGAGGCACGCUGGCUUACAGGAUUAGAGGCUAAGGUCACUGUGUUUGUGUGGCACUGGAAAGGUUCACUUCGCAGACGGAUGGUGGAGAUGUUUAGAGCCCGUGAGCUGCAGCAGAUUAAAACUAUCCGGAAUUAAGCUGAACUUCAGCAGAGCCUCAAAUACUCUGGCAGAAAGAAAGAAAGAAAGAAAGAAAGAAAGAAAGAAAGAAAGAAAGAAAGAAAGAAAGAAAGAAAGAAAGAAAGACGCAUUUCUGCAGAACAGAUUGGAGCUGAGCUUCCUGUCUUUGUGCACUUUGUGGUCAGGAAACUCUCUGAUGCAUGAGCUGAUGUGUUUUAUAUCAUUUACAUAAGAGAGACAAUGUCAGGACGUAUGGAGGCCAAACUGGGGCUCAUCUCAAACAUGCAGAAUAUCACAGUCAAUGAAUUCCUCAGAUGAACUUCUGUAGAGGUCGAAUUUUCCAUAAUAAAAGUCUUUAUUUGAGUAACUUUGUUUCAGCAUCAUAAUCUGAAUGUGCAGCAGUGCUGUGAGUGGGCUGUGGUAUUCAGACUGCUGCAUUAACUCAGGACCUUUAAAUCUUGGUUAAUUCCUUUAACAAGCAUCACAGUGUUUAAGCCACAUGAUGGCCAAAGUCCACUCAGCUGUUUCACUCCCAGGAUCACGCCGCAGAGCGACUCAGUGACAGUAAGAGAUGAGUUUGUAGGAGGUGAUGCCUGAAGUUUACAGUCGACACUGUGCAGAGGAACAUACUGUAUGUCCAUGAAGACAGGUGCAGCACCCCGCACAGGUGUUCUCACAGACUUUGGCUGCAAACCAAAUCCAGUGUUUUCAGGUUGAACACUAACCACAUGCAGCCUCAAAUCACCGCUGACUAUUUCACAGACUAUAUGAGGAAAAGAAGGAAGGGUUUUGCAUCCACUCAGAGUUACUGUUGUCUGUUUUACCAGCCAGAGAAAAUCAUAUGAAGGAGCUUCAGUUUGUGUAAACCCUCUGACAUCCAGGUCACUGAAGGUUGAGUUUAGCAGUGCAGGACACAUAAAUCUAUCCUCGGUACAUCAGGAAAAUUAUUUAUUUUGUCCUAAAGAUGCUGCCUGUUCAUAGAUAGUUUAAUUUAAAAUCAUGUUUUAAUAAUAAACAGCCACAAUAAUCCUGUCCUCUGUAGUCUUUGAACCCGAGGACACUCAGAGUGAGUUCUGCAGUUUGGAAAGUCACAUUUUCAGGACACCACUGACUCAGUUUUGACUCCUCCGUCCUGACCACCUCUGUUUCUCUCUCUUCUCUUGUUAACGCCUCCUCACCUGUUGUCUGCUGCUGUUUCAGUCUGGCCAGCAUGGCGCCCGUGCUGGCCUGCCGCGUGCUGCCCAGCAUCGAGGUAACCAUGGGCUACGAGAGGGAUGAGAACACCCGCUGGGGCAACUGGCCUCACACCAACAUGGUGCAGACCGUGAAGAGCAUGGGUGCUCGCCACAACGUCCGUGAGCCAUACAUAUCCUUUCAGAGCUGUUGUGAUUCCACAGAGUUUGUUUUCACUUGAACAUUUCAGCUUCUUUUGUGUGUUUGUGUUGAAUUGUCUCGAGUUUUUGGCCUUGACCUUUCCCUCUCACGAAGCCUAUGUGGAUGAGAAGAACAAAGUGGUCAGCACCCCGACCUUCAUGUGGGACACAGAGUAUCAUUACCACUAUAUAUUUGACGGCAUUGGAAACAUGGUCAAACACGUCAUGCGCAUGUCCACCAAGUAACGUGACGGAUAGAGUCAGAGGAAGAAGAACAGGAAGUUGGUGUUUGAGUACAACAUUCACCUCUGUACUGGUGUCUUUUACCUUCUUACAAGAAAAAUAAUAAAUGCUUAGAAAAAGAGCAAACCGCCUGUUGUGUGUUUUUUUUUUUUUCAUACUAAAAUUCAAUCAUUUUAUCAUACGACACUGACAUUUUUCAACAUUCUAUAAUGUGAUCAUUUUUAUACUGAAUUUUGAAUUUUUUAUCUUAUUUUACUUUGACUUUUUAAAAAUACAAUAGAAUUAAAUUUUUAUCAUACUAUUCUAUGACAUUUUUUGACAAACUAAACUAUGACAUUUUAAUCAAUAUUUACUUUGACUUAUUUUUUCCUACAAAAAAUGAUCAAAUAUUUUAUCAUACUAUCCUAUGACAUUUUUAUCAUACUAUACUAUGAUAUUUUUUGAUACAAAAAUUUGAAUUUUUUUAAUCAUACUACACUAUGGCAUUUUUAUCAUUAUUUACUCUGACAUUUUUUUUUCUACAAAAAAUGAUCAAAUAUUUUAUCAUACUAUCCUAUGACAUUUUUAACAUACUAUACUAUGACAGUCUCUUGAUACAAAAAUUUGAAUUUUUUUAACGUACUCUACAUUGGAAAUUUUAACAUACUGUCCUAUGACAUUUUUACAUACUAUACUAUGACAUUUUUUUUUUACAAAAAUUUGAUUUUUCUUUACCAUACUACACCAUGAGAAGUUUAUUUAUUUUUAUUUUAUCAUACUAUACUAUGACAUUUGAAUCAUACUAUACACUGUCAUUUUUUAAAAAAAUUUGAAUUUUUUUAAUCAUAGUAUACUAUGACAUUUUUUAACACACUAUACUAUGACAUUUGAAUCAUACUAUACUACGACAUUUUUAAUACAAAAAUUAAAAAAAAAUUUUCAUACUAUACUAUGACAUUUUUUAUUAUACUAUACUACAACAUUUUUUUAAAAACAGCAUUAUAAAAUAUUUUAUCACACUAUUCUAUGAAAAAAUUUGAAAUUUUUUUUAUCAUAAAUUACUAUGACAUUUGAAUCUUACUAUACACUGUCAUUUAAAAAAAUGAUUUUUUUUAUCAUAGUAUACUAUGACAUUUUUUAACACACUAUACUGUGACAUUUUUAUCAUACUAUACUACAACAUUUUUUAAAAACAGAUAUUUAAAAUAUUUUAUCACACUAUACUAUGAUAUUUUUUUCCUACAAAAUUUUAAAUUUACAUCUGAUAUACUAUGGCAUUUUUGAUAUACUAUAGUAUGAUAUGACAUUUUGAUCAUUAUUUACUUUGACAUAUUUUUCCUACAAAAAAUGAUCAACUUUUUUAUCAUAAUAUCCUAUGACAUUUUAAUUGUACUAUAAAUGACAUUUUUUAAUACACAAUUUUUUGUCAUGCUUUACUAUGACAAUUUUUUUAACAUACUAUACUAUGACAUUUUUACCAUACCAUAAAAUGACAUUUUAGGCAUAUAAUACUGGACAUUUUUUUUUCUACAAAAAUUUUAAAUUUACUCUACAUCAUACUAUACAUUGGCAUUUUUGACAUACUAUACUAUGAGAGUUUUAUCAUUAUUUACUUUGACAUAUUUUUCCUACAAAAAAAUGAUCACAUAUUUUAUCAUGCUAUCCUAUGACAUUUUUAUCAAACUAUACUAUGACAUUUUGAUCAUACUAUACUAUGACAUUUUUUUGAUACAAAAAUUUGAAUUUUUUGGGUCAUACUAUUCAAUGAGAAUUUUAACAUACUCUACUAUGACAGUUUUCAUACUAAAAAAUAUUUUUUUAUCAUACUAUACUAUGACAUUUUCAUCAAACUGUACUUUUAUAUUUUUGUAAUGCUAAACUAUGACAAAUCUAUUACAAAAAAAAAAAAAAUUCUCAUGCUGUACUGACAUUUUUUAACAUACCAUACUAUGACCUUUCUAUCAUACUAUACCUUGACAUUUUUUACAAAUAGAUUUUUGUCAUAUUUUAUAAUACUGUCCUAUGAAAUUUUUAUCAUACUAUUUUGACAUUUUCUUGAUACAAAAAUUAAAUCUUUUUUUUACCAUACUCUACAAUGAGAAUUUUUACAUACUAUACUAUGACAUUUGAAUCAUACUAUACACUGUCAUUUUUUGAACAUUUUUAUCUUACAGAAAUUUACUGUGAUUUUUUAUUUAUUCUAUACUAUGACAUUUAAAAAAUACAAUACUAAGACAUUUUAACAAAUACUAAAUAUCUUUUAUGACAUUUAAAUUUAUAUCAUACUAUUUUAUGACAUUUUUAUCAUUAUUUACUUAUUGCCAUUUUUGACAUACUAUACUAUGACAGUUUUAUCAUUAUUCACUUUGACAUAUUUUUCCCACCAAUUAUAACAUAUUUUAUCAUACUGUCCUAUGACAUUUUUAUCAUACUAUUUUGACAUUUUCUUGAUACAAAAAUUAAAUCUUUUUUUUACAAUACUCUACAAUGAGAAUUUUUACAUACUAUACUAUGACAUUUGAAUCUUACUAUACACUGUCAUUUUUUGAACAAAAAUUUGAAUUUUUUUUUAUCAUAGUAUACUAUGACAUUUUUUAACACACUAUACUAUGACGUUUUUAUCAUACUAUACUACAACAUUUUUUAAAAACAGAUAUUUAAAAUAUUUUAUCACACUAUACCUUGAUAUUUUUUUCCUACAAAAUUUUAAAUUUACAUCUGAUAUACUAUGGCAUUUUUGAAAUACUAUGAUAUGACAUUUUGAUCAUUAUUUACUUUGACAUAUUUUUCCUACAAAAAAUGAUCAACUUUUUUAUCAUACUAUCCUAUGACAUUUUAAUCAUACUAUACUGACAUUUUUUAAUACACAAUUUUUUGUCAUGCUUUACUAUGACAAUUUUUUAAACAUACUAUACUAUGACAUUUUUAUCAUACUAUACUUCAGCAUUUUUUAAAAACAGAUAUUUGAAAUAUUUUAUCACAGUAUUCUGACAUUUUUUAACACACUAUACUCAGACAAUUUGUUUAAACUAUAAUAUGACAUUUUUAUUAUACAACACUAUGACAUUUUUACCAUAUUAUAAUAGGACAUUUUAGUCAUACUAUACUGGACAUUUUUUUCCUACAAAAAUUUUAAAUUCACUGUACAUCAUACUAUACUAAUGCAUUUCUUACAUACUAUACUAUGACAGUUUUAUCAUUAUUUACUUUGACAUAUUUUUCCUACAAAAAAAAUCACAUAUUUUAUCAUACUAUCCUAUGACAUUUUUAUAAUACUAUACUUUGACAUUUUUUUUUAUACAAAAAUUUUAAAUUUACUGUACAUCAUACUAUACUAUGGAAUUUUCUGACAUACUAUACUAUGACAUUUUUAUCAUUAUUUACUUUUACAUAUUUUUUUCUAUAAUAAAUGAUCAACUUUUUAUCAUACUAUCCUGACAUUUUUAUCAUACUAUACUUUGACAUUUUUUAUACAAAAUUUAUAGAUUUUUUUUCACUGUACUUUACAAUGAGAAUUUUUACAUACGAUACUAUGACAUUUUGAUCAUAAUAUACUGACAUUUUUAAUACAAAAAAUGAAAUUUUUAUCAUACUAUACUAUGACAUUUUUAUAAUUCUUUACUAUAGUAUUUCAUCAUUUUAUACUUUGACAAUUAAACCAUACUAUACUAUGACACUUUCUCACCCAGAAUUUGUAAUUUUCUAUCAUACUAUACUAUAACAUAUUUUACAAACUACAUUGACAUUUAAAUCCUAUUAUAGUAAGACAUUUUUAUCUUACAGAAAUUUAAUUUUUUUAUCAUACUAUGACAUUUAAAAAAUACAAUACUAAGACAUUUUAACAAAACUAUAUUAUGACAUUUUUUAAAACAAUUUUGAAUUUUUUUAUAAUACUAUACUUUGACAUACUGUACUAUAAUAUUUGAUCAAUGAUAAAUUUUGAAAUUUUCAUAAUACUAUACCAUACAUAUAAUCUUGACGUGAGGGGAGACAUAAGUGUGUGUGUGUGUGUGUGUGUGUGUGUGUGUGUGUGGUCUGAUUAAAAUAAAGAGACACAGAGUCACACUGUGUUUGUGUGUUUUUAUUUUAUUUAUAAACUUGUGGGUCCCUCCCUCUGGUGAUUGUGUUGUUAGCUCAGUGCUUCAGGGUCUCCAGUUCCUCAUAGUGUUGUUGAUGUUUGUUCAGCAGCUGUCAUGUUUGUUUUUUAUGUAACUCUCAGCUGCUGUUGUGUUUUUAUACUGCAGAUGUAUCAGGAACAAAGGUUGGAGUUACAGCUCAGAUUGUAACUUUUGUUUUUGACCUGGUGGACUUUUUAAAUCCAGCUCAGGUGUGUAGGGAUAGAUCCGCUCUCAGUGCUGAGUGUGUAAUUCAGUGUUCAGCAGGUUUGUUUGAAGUAAAGUUUGAAGUUUUUACUGUGAAGUUAAAGUCUGUCAGCGCUGAGUGUUUCUGUGUCAGUUUUAGACUCUUUAGUGGUCUGUCAGAGGAGCUUUAAGGUCCAUAUUCCCAGAGCUUUGUCACAUUUAAUGUUUAGUUACAUAAAAUACGAACACUACAGCUGCUGAAGACAUCAACAAACACUAAUAGGAACCCUGAAGACCCUGAAGAGGCUGAGCCAACAACACAACUCACCCACGCUGUCCUCUGCAGGUCCCACGAAGCGCCAAGUCUCCAGUCCUCCUGCAGACACCUGAGGAUCAAACACGAGGAACAGAAGACUUCAGGAUCUGGAGUUCAGGACCUAGUUAGAUAA